AUGGACAAGGAAAUAAUUAGUUGGUUGCAAGAAGAAGACUUAAGAGACUUGAUUGAGAUGUUUACAAAAUCUGCAGACUGUAUAGAUAUAGAAUCUAUACCUAUUGUUGAAAUAUCUAAGGAACUAAUUCUGAGCCAUUCUAUUGAACACACAGAUUUGAAUUUAGAAAAAACGCUUUCUGUUUCUAAUCCUGAUUCAACCCAAGAAAAAAGGAAGCGAUUCAAAGAGACAACAGAGAAAGGCACAUCAAUUUCAGAUUCAAUAGAGCCGACUAAAUAUAGCCGACACAUACUUUCUUUUAAAUCAUCUGAAGAAUUAGCAACUUUAGACUUCGAGGAACUACUAAAAAAUCACUCCUUAAAAAGUAAUGCCGCUCUUGAGAAUUUAAAAAAAACGGGAAUGCUCACAGAUUCAGAUAGAUCUGCUAUAACUGAAGCUGUCGCUAAUACUCUUCUCCAUCUGAGACAAUUGUAAAUGUUAAAUUUCUAAAUUUUUCCACGAAAUAAAAGCAAUCUUUUGAAUUUUGUCUUUUGUUUUUU